AUGGUUGGAGAUUAUGUUUUACAAAUGGCACAAGAUGUUAAAGAUGAAGCUGAGCGUCACUGGACAUCAAUAAAUAACUACAACAGAAAUUUGGAUGUCGUUGGAAGAGAUGAAAAGAAAAUUGUAAUAGAUUGUCAUGUUGAAUCGAUCAUGUUCACAAGAGGCAGAUUAGAAGCAGUUAUAAAGGAUAUAAUGAAAGAAAGCAACGCAAUUGCAGAAUUACUUAAAGAACUUCGUGAAGAAAAACGAAGAUCUACCGAAUAUGAACAGAAGUGUGAGGAAGACUUAUAUAAUCUCAUGAAGGAAGCGAAAAAACUUGAAGAGAAGAUUGAAGAAUUAAAUGAAAUACGGAUAAUAUGGAGUGAUUUUGAUCGUGUUUUAGUUGGGAAGAUCUGA